GGGGCGGCCCCCUGCUGGCUGGCGGGGGCUCCUCAGUGGGACCCGGUCGAGCGGCAGGAAGACGCGGCCCCCGCCCGAGGCUGAGGCAGGCGCCCGCCGCCCGCGCCGACAUGUCGAAGCGGCUGAGGAGCAGCGAGGUCUGCGCGGACUGCAGCGCUCAGGACCCCUGUUGGGCAUCAGUAAACAGGGGAAUUCUGAUUUGUGAUGAAUGCUGUAGUGUUCAUCGGAGUCUAGGACGUCAUAUCUCUCAAGUGAGGCAUCUUAAACACACACCAUGGCCUCCAACGUUGCUUCAGAUGGUUGAAACACUGUAUAAUAAUGGUGCUAAUUCCAUAUGGGAACAUUCUUUGCUGGACCCUGCAUCUGUUAUGAGCGGAAGGCGCAAAGCUAAUCCACAGGAUAAAGUGCAUCCCAACAAAGCAGAAUUCAUUAGAGCUAAAUAUCAAAUGUUAGCAUUUGUUCAUCGCUUGCCGUGCCGAGAAGACGACAGUGUUACUGCCAAGGACCUUAGUAAGCAACUCCAUUCCAGUGUGAGGACAGGGAAUCUGGAGACGUGCUUGAGAUUACUCUCUCUAGGAGCUCAGGCCAACUUUUUUCAUCCUGAGAAAGGAAACACCCCGCUUCAUGUUGCUGCCAAAGCAGGACAGAUUUUACAGGCAGAGUUGUUGGCAGUCUAUGGUGCUGACCCUGGCACACAAGACUCCAGUGGAAAAACUCCAGUUGACUGUGCAAGACAAGGAGGGCACCAUGAAUUGGCAGAGCGCCUUGUAGAAAUACAGUAUGAACUUACUGACAGACUAGCAUUCUAUCUCUGUGGCAGGAAACCAGAUCACAACAAUGGACAACACUUUAUUAUACCUCAAAUGGCAGACAGCAGUCUAGAUUUGUCUGAAUUGGCAAAAGCAGCUAAGAAGAAGCUUCAGUCUCUAAGUAACCACUUAUUUGAAGAACUUGCCAUGGAUGUAUAUGAUGAAGUUGACAGGCGGGAAACAGACGCAGUUUGGCUUGCUACUCAGAAUCACAGUACACUGGUGACUGAGACCACGCUUGUCCCUUUUCUUCCUGUAAAUCCUGAGUAUUCUUCAACACGGAAUCAGGGAAGACAGAAAUUAGCUCGGUUUAAUGCCCAUGAAUUUGCUACACUAGUUAUAGACAUUCUAAGUGAUGCCAAGCGAAGACAACAAGGGAAUCCUGUCACUGGCUCUAAAGAAAAUGUGGAACUGAUAUUGAAAUCUAUCAACAGUCAGCAUAGUAGUGAGAGUCAAGAUAACGACCAGCCUGAUUAUGACAGUGUUGCAUCAGAUGAAGAUACAGAUCUGGAAGCAAAUGCAGCAAAAGCAAAUAGACAGAAGAGUCUGGAUUCAGAUUUGUCAGAUGGACCAGUGACAGCACAAGAAUAUAUGCAAGUUAAGAAUGCUUUGGUGGCUUCUGAGGUAAAGAUACAGCAGUUAAUGAAGGUGAACAUCAACUUGAGUGAUGAACUGAGAACCAUGCAGAAAAAGCUUCAAACACUACAGAGUGAAAAUACGAACCUCAGAAGACAGGCCACAACCAAUAUAUAUCAGGUCCAAACUGGUUCUGAAUACACAGACCCCAACAAUCAUUCUUCUUUAAAGCGACGACCAUCUGCACGAGGUAGCAGACCUAUGUCUAUGUAUGAGACUGGAUCGGGUCAGAAACCCUACCUCCCAAUGGGAGAAGUCACAUAUCCAGAAGAGAGCAUAACAAGACUGCAGCCUUUCCCUCCACAGAUCGGGAGGAGUGCGUUUGUGACCUCCUCUUCAUCUCUGCCUUCCUUCCCCUCCACGCUUUCCUGGUCAAGGGAUGAAAGCACACGAAGGGCAUCGAAAUUAGAGAAACAGAAUAGCAUGCCUGAAAGUGACUAUGAUAACCCCUCCCCCAGUUUGGAGUUGGAUGAGACGGGGCCAGGUAGGAAAGGAAGGCAGAGAAGUAUCAUUUGGCAGGGGGAAGGGUCUAUCCCUGAGAACUCAGAUACAGAUGCAACCCCAAGUUCCACUUUGCCCAGUACAGAAGAUGUUAUUCGAAAAACUGAACAGAUCACUAAAAAUAUCCAGGAGCUGCUGCGAGCAGCACAAGAGAAUAAGCAUGACAGACCAUUAGAGCGUGCAAGCAUGCUUAAGCUCAGACAUAGCCUCGGCUGUUUCAGUACCCUGGUUCCAUGGGCUGAGAGAGCUCCCCUGCAGCCUUUGACCCAUCAGCAGUCUGAUCCUACCUCCUGUUAUAUACCGUGCUCGGAAAGAAUACAUGUGGCAGUAACAGAAAUGGCAGCCUUGUUCCCAAAAAAACCCAAAUCUGAGCUGGUAAGGACGUCGCUGCGGCUGCUGACAUCUAGUGCCUACAGACUCCAGUCUGAAUGCAAAAAAACCCUGCCCAUAGAGACCUGCCCUACCACGGACAUCCAGCUGGUCACUCAGCAAGUGAUUCAGUGUGCAUAUGACAUUGCCAAGGCUGCUAAACAACUGGUUACCAUCACAACCAAAGAGAACAACAACUGAGUCCUCUCGGGUUUUUUAGUCUUGGUUUUUUAGAGAUUGGAGUUUGAAAAGUUACAUGUCUAAAUUUAAAUUUUUACAAGAAAACUAAGGGGGGGAAGUUCAACUUUUUUAAACUCAGUAUUAUUUUUGCAUGUUUUCUAACAGAACUUUCAAAGAUUAAUUUAACCCACUGCCUUAUUUUUGUGCCUGUGUUGCCAGUUUAAUGACUGAAUAUAGUGUGUUGCAAACAGCUAUUGAGCCAAUAUCACAUACCAACAUUGUAUCAGAGGUUCUUCUAGGAGAUUCCUUGGAGCUGUAUUCUGCUUUCGGAUAUUGCACGUGCGCACACAACUCUCAUUCAAGUCAAAUGCGCAUAUCAAAGGGCAGAAUCUAGCCUUGAACUGCUCUGCAUGGUGAAUCCCCUUGAAUAACAAACUCUCUCUCAGCAGGACAGUGGACUGUGAAGGCUCCAGGAGUGUAACUGUUGAACAGUCAGUAGAAUGAAGUUUUACAUAGUCUUCCUGAGAAUUGAAUACAAAGUUAUAUUCUCUGUUUCAUAUCAACUGUUGUGCAAUAACCAGUCCUUAGUCUGCUGAAACUAGUAGUUGUGGGCAUCCAAACCUAUUAAAUGUUAACUAUACAAGGUCUUUGUCACUUUUAUCUAUUUUGGAAGGAAGCAUGAGAUUAAGUAGUUUCUUUUAGUUGUCACUAUGCCACUAGUCUAUACAUUUGAUGUUACUUUAGAAAGGCAUUAGUGGUUACAACCCAUCAUUUUCAUUUCUCUGAAAAACUCACUUUGAAGUUUCCCACAACAUUUAUUCCCAUUUUAGUGUCCUCUUUAAGGCUGUCUUGUUUGCAGCAGUAUUGUUGUUUAAUAUCUUUUUAGAUGCAGUUUCACUAAAGAGUUCAGUGAUUUCUUUAAAAUGGAAGAUAAGAGGGCCGGUUCAAAAGAAGCCAUGCCUGACACGGUACAUCAUACUAUACCUCACUGUAGUGGAAUGUGAAAAAUACACUUUUUAUAUAGUACCUCUCAUGCCAAGCUUCCGAAAACUACAAACUAUAUACAGAUCGACACCUACCUUAAGGGUCACCUUCAAUACACAACCCACCAUGUGCUAACCAACCACUUUAAUGUAUUCCCUAGCUAAGUUCCAGUACCUUUUUCUUUAAAGAUCAUGGGUAAAAUUUUCAAAACCACCUGAAUCCUCAUUUUCAAGGGGGACACAGGUACUUAAAGAGCCUGAGUCUUACUGAAAGUCGGUAAAGACUUGGGUUCUUAAGUGCCUGUCAUCUUUGAAAAUGUGGACUUAAACUCCUAAGUCAAGCUCAUGCCUACUGACCUGUUUUGAUAACCACUUAAAGCACUGGUCUACUUACAAGUGAACCUGUGAAAAUGAGAUUGAGAGGUCCCAGUCUGGCUACAAACAAUAUGUUCAGUUCAUAUAUAAAAAGAUGUUUUUCCUGUUUACCAAUCAGUCCUACAACCUCCCCCGGAGAUCUGAAUGUCAGCUGUUCUGAUUCAUAUGCAAUCAGUAAUGAAGAUUCAGAGGCACUCAAUGACACCUGUACAGUACCAAUAUCUGCGGUGAGUUAAACAGCUGAGGGCAGAAUUUGGUCUUGCAAUGGGAACUUAGUUAACUAUCAUGUUUUGUGAUUCGCUGUAGCUGUGCAGAUGCUGUUGAGCUAAAAGGAAAAAGUAGUUGAAUUAUUUUUGUUGUUGAAGUGAGAAGAUAAGAGACUGAAUGCAAAGAGGGAGCAGAUAUGUUGUAGUUCAUUAUUUUUUCUAACUAUAACAACACUUAACAUAGCUAUUUCCCAGUGAUGCUAAACCAUCAGAUAAUGACUGGAUUAUAAACCCUGGAUGUUGUACAUAGUUACAUACAUAUAAAAACAUGAGGAAGUUUGAACUCUGACGGCAGGUUUUCCAUCACGCUAACCACCUUCCCUUGUUAUAAAAUACUCCUACAAUUCGUAGUUUCCUCUGGAGGCCCCAAAACCCAUAGGACCACACGCAUGCAGUUUGCCAUGUUAGUUUACUCAGUUACCAUUCAAGUGUGAGAUUACAGGUAAACUGGUCAAGAGUCACCAUAUAAUGUUUUGUCUGAAUAUAUAAAUGCUAAAUUUAUUUUUCACAUAAAUGUUUGAUUCAAAAACACUCUAUUGUAGGAGGCUGUCUACUGUUCUAUAAGCAGAGUCUGCAGUAUUUAGUUUGCUAAACCACAAUUCUUUAGGUUGGUUUUUUUGGUGAUAAAAAUUUGCCGUGUUUUAGGUUAACAAACAAAAAUUAAACCUUCAGAGGUUCCUUCCUUUUAAAAUUAUAAUGUGUUUGUAUGUAUAUAUAAACACAGAAUAAGUGCCAUAAUAUUGUUGGAUGCUGAUGUUGUAAUUAACUGCCUUUUUUAAAGUAUUGUACUAUUUUGGGAUUAAAAGAAAGUAGGUAGGGGAUAAUCCUGUUGCAGUCUGAUUCAUAAAUAAUGUAUCCUGUCCCCGCUCCUGUAUCUAGCGCUGUCUCUAAGCAUCUGGAAAUGCAUUUAGACCAGGCUGUGAUUUGAAUAGUAGAGAAGUAUUUUUAAAACCUAUUACCAAAAUUAAAGCACUCGUAAUGCAUUGUAUGAAAUAGAAUAACCCCACUUAAGAACUGCUUUGAACUAGCACAGUAGGGACAUGCAGCAUGCGAUUUGCUAGUAUCCAUCAGGACAUCACUACACGUGGUUUUUACAUAUCCUGUGUGGGAUACAGAGUAAUUUCAUGUUUCCUAAAAUUUUAUUUAAGGAUAUCAACUUUUUUAAAUGCUUGCUCGGUGCCAAAACUGGAAAAGUCCCUUCAGAUGAAUAACUGUACAUCUUUCCUGUGUUGGCGGCAGGUUUUGCAAGUACCCGAUUCAAUUAGACUCUGGCAUGAUGAGCUAUACAAGUGUGGCUAAAGUGUAACCCACUUCACGUUCUGUAUCUAGAUAUUUUUUUAAAAUGUCAAACAUCAGUUUUAUGGUCCUGUUGGUAAACUGCACCUUGUCUAAAUAGUUCUGUUCUGCUUACGUAUUGGUCAUCGUAGCAAGUUAUUGCACUAAGCAGUUAUACAUCUGGUGUGAUAUCUGCAGUAUUCUUAUUAUGGUACUUCCUUUCAAGAAGCCAGUAGGACAGAGGUGCACUUUAUGGAAAUGGCACUUAGUGCAAAAGCUGACUCUACUCCAACCAAACCCUGGGUAGCUCAAUGUAUUAAUCUGCUCCACCCAUUGUUGGUGUUUGCCAAAGUAGUCGAUUGGGCCCAAAGCUUGUGUAGCAUUAUGCUUUGGACUGUGUGGAUGUGUCUACACUGCACUGUAAGCCAAGGGUUUGAGCUCAGACUCAAGCCUAACCCCCUGUGUAUCUAUACACAAAUUGCACUAGCCAACAGUCCAGAACCCCAGGGCGGGAGGAGGGUCACACCCAGAUCCAGCAUUCAAGCCCUGUUGCUUUGCAGAGUAGGCUCAGCCCUACUGAACUUGCGCUCUGGCGUCUGCCAAAAGUAUCCCACGGCCUGUCUGUCAUUGUCCUCUGGACAGUCAAGUUUGGUGGAUGGUCAGAUUUCCCCACUGCAUCAUGAACAAAGGGCUAGAGUAGCCACAUUUUGGAGGGUGCUAGGACUCGGGCCUGCAUAAUGCAGUGUAGUUGCUGGAGCCCCCUGUUGGGACCCUGCAUUCAGCCAUUCCUGACUUGUGGUUAUAGAUGAGUGUAGAUGCUCAGGGUAUGUCUCCACUGUGAUGAAACCAUCUGCGGCUGGCCUGUAUCAGCUGACUCAGGCUCACAGGGCGGGGUCCCAGAGCCUGGGCUUCAGCUCAAGCUCGGCUAUCUACCCUGCAAAGUUCGUAGUCCUGCAGAGCUGACGAUGGCCAGUGUGGGUGUUUUAUUGCAGUGUAGACAAAUCCUCAAGCCCUAGGUGAACAAAGCGAGGGUCUGCUAACUCGAAUUCUACUAACCCUGGUCUUACAUUGCAGUGUAGACAUGCUUUGAAUGGCUGCAGGGCAGGAGCUAUUAAAAUAUUUGGAGUAGUUUAGGUGCAAAAAGAUGGGGUUUUCCUGUGGCUGGAACCCCACUUUCAAAUAGCUUGUAUGUUUUCCCUCUUGCGCUUACAGAAAUGUAAUCCUCUCUCUCUACAACAAUGCUGCACAGGAAAGUGAAAAUGCCUUUUUAUGAACUUGUAUUUCUGUCCAUAUUGUACUCAUGAUUUAGCCUUUAAUGUUUACUGUAUUACAUAAAAUUACUGUACAACCCUUUAAGUGUUAUAAAAUUGUUUGGGAUUAUUUGCCUGCUACUUAUGCAAUAAACAGGCUUUUAAAGUGC